AUGGGUGCCAUAGAACUCCGCUCACUAAAGCGCUGCAAUGAAUUUCGAGCAUCCGGAGCAUGCUGUGUAGAAGGUGCUGCGGAACUAUCUGGUAAGAAUCUAAUAACCCUUGACGAGGAUGAGGCUCCUCCAAAGAAAACGGUUGAAUUUGAAGAAGCUAUGAGUUUUUUGAACAAGAUAAAGAAACGAUUCCAAAGUGAUGAGCAUGUUUACAAAUCGUUCUUGGACAUUAUGAAUAUGUACCGCAAAGAGCAUAAGGUCAUGGGUGAAGUUUAUAGUGAGGUUGCUACCCUGUUUAAGGAUAAUCGAGAUUUGCUUGAGAAGUUCACUAGAUUCUUACCAGAUAGUUCCGCAACACCUUCUACACAGCAUGCUCCGGAUUCUCGAAAUUCAUUGCAGAACUUUAGUGAGCGGAGUUCUAUGGCACCCAUGAUGCGGUAA